GGUAACCUGAUCAGCUUUGGGCAGAAACGAGGCGGGGUGACGGACUAAAGGAAUCUGAGGUGAAGAAUAAAAACAAUGUCUGUUUCCUGCAGUGAAGUGACAGUGGCAGGCGAGAUCAAAAAGGAAAAUGUGAAGUGCACGGAGCCUCUCGAGAGCUCCACGGACAGUCGUGGGCACGUCAAACUCCUGACUCUGGACACUCCUGUGGCCACAGGGAUGCUCGUCGGGCAGACCUCUCCACCGGAGCACAAGAUGCCCACUAUGGACUCUUUGUCUGCGCACACUUCAUCCGCAGCAACCGCGACCUCUUUGGCUUUUUCACCGGAGCAGGUUGCGUGUGUUUGUGAGGCUCUUCAGCAGGGGGGCAACGUGGAUCGACUCGCCCGGUUUCUGUGGUCUCUCCCGCAGAGCGACUUACUGCGCGGCAACGAAAGUAUCCUCCGCGCUCAGGCGCUGGUGGCCUUCCACCAGGCGCGCUACCAGGAGCUUUACAGCAUCUUGGAGAGCCACAGCUUCAGCCCUUCGUGCCACUCUGCCCUGCAGGACUUAUGGUACAAAGGCCGGUACACGGAGGCGGAGAAGGCCCGCGGUAGACCUCUGGGCGCAGUGGAUAAAUAUCGCCUGCGACGUAAGUUUCCCCUGCCCCGGACCAUCUGGGAUGGAGAGGAGACGGUGUACUGCUUCAAAGAGCGCUCCAGGAAUGCUCUGAAGGACCUCUAUAAGCAGAACCGGUACCCGUCCCCGGCCGAGAAGAGGAAUCUGGCCAAGAUCACAGGACUGUCCCUCACACAGGUCAGCAACUGGUUCAAAAACAGAAGGCAGAGAGACAGAAACCCGUCAGAGGCGCAGUCCAAAAGUGAGUCAGAUGGAAAUCACAGUACGGAGGAUGAGAGCAGUAAAGGUCAGGAGUCUCUGUCCCCGUGUCCGAUGUCGACCUGCAGUGAUGGGACUGUGGGUAAUGCAGUUGUGUCUCUCUGCUCUGGAGCUCUGGAGGCGGGGGUCAUCAUCCAGCAGGUUGGAGACAGCAGGAACUCUGUCUCACCAGCAUCUGUCAUCUUUAACGGAGCCUCAGUCAACACUCCCACCUCUGUUUUCCACAAUGGCACCCCUUCAUUUCUCUCCACCACAGGACACGUCUUUUUCAGUGGCAUGAACUUGGGACUCCAGUCCCUGGCUUGCAGAUCAGCGGCAGAUGUGGAGAUGGAUGGUGCAGGAGAGGAUAAACCGGUAAGGGCAGACCCUGCACUGGUGUACACCUCGUUUCACUGCACUGUGAAUGGGACAGACAUAGAGGUGAAAGCAGAGAAUGUGAGGCAGGAUGUGUCGGUCCAGGACCAGACUACGUCUAUUAGCUCAGCAUUCAAUGUGACUCCAUCUGACAGCUUGCAGCUUGAAGGUUACAACUUGGUUUCUGAAGGCAAUGGGACCUCGCUGCUCAGCAACAAGGUGGUACUUCCUUCGUUGCAACUCUCAUCAUCUUCUUCAACCUCAUCAGGCAUUGUUGAUGGCAGUUCUCCUGCUCCCGCCUCUCUGUGCCACAACCAGGUGGAGGAGCAGGACAGGCUGCAGCUGACCUCUCUUGAGCCCAGCACAGCACUCUACGGCCUGGCUAGUGUACACACACUGUCUGCUGUGAAGAAGGAACCUAUGGAGACUCCUGGUGGAUACAUUUACCACCUGGGUUACAGUCCUGACCCCACCCACAGCUCCCUCAUCUCACUUAACACAACCAUGACAACCACCCAACAAGACUACACCACUCUCACAGUGAACGCACCCUUACUCACCCAAACGGACCUUACUGGUGAGUUCAGAGGUCAUGAUGCCCAGAUGACUUCAAACCUAAAUGGAGACUUCCUCUGUGCGGUUUCAGAGGGAGGGAAGGGCGAGAUGAGAGAAAUGGAGGAUGAAGGGGAAAAACAACUGACAAAACUAAAAACUGUGCAUAUAGAGGAAGAGAUGACUGACCUUUGAAUUUAAGUGGAGAAAGAGGUAAAAGACUUUUUACCAAA